AUGACUGUUAUUUCAUUUAAAAGUGUUCAAACGAACCUACAUGUACUUGACCAGACACCGUUCUUAUUGUCGCAAAUGACAAUUUUGCGCGAUAGUACUAGCUCGCAUGCAGAAUUCGUUCAUGCGGCAAACCACAUCUCUCGUCUAAUCGCUAGUAGUGCUCUUUCGCAUGUUCGGACAACAAAGAAGAUUGUUCGAACACACAGCAAUGAAACAUACACUGGAAUUCAAUUCUCUCAGAAGGUUUGUUGUGUAAGUAUAUUACGUGCAGGCGAAAGCAUGGAAUCGGCAGUCCGUGAAACCUACGGACCCCUACCUGUUGGAAAGCUGCUUAUUCAACGCGACGAGGUGACAAGCAAGGCUGAGUUGUUUUAUUGCAAAAUCCCAGGCGAUGCUCCAGAACGUGUUGUAUUAUUGCUGGACCCUAUGCUGGCUACUGGCGGAUCCGUUAUGCUUGCUAUUCAAGCACUCAUUGAUCGAAAUGUGGAUGAGUCGAAUAUUGUCUACUUAAGCUUCAUCUCAAGUCGAGCUGGAAUCGACCGACUUUUGACUAAGUACCCAAAACUAAGAAUCGUUACGGCUGCGGUGGAUCCAACUUUGAACGAGGAGAACUACAUUGUUCCUGGUUGUGGUGAUUUUGGCGAUCGUUAUUACGGUACUUCAUCAACCAUUGCUUAA